GUGGCUUCUUGCGCUGGUGCAUUGUGGGGUAGUGGAGGACCCGCGUUGCGGAUGGAGGGGGAGUCGAGCCGUGGGGCUGUCAUGGCGACUAACAUCGAACAGAUCUUUCGGUCCUUUGUGGUCAGCAAGUUCCGGGAGAUCCAGGAGGAGCAGGAACAGCAGCAGCAGCUGGGCGGUGGAAAGGUAGAAGGCCAGCAGAAUGGUGAAACAAUCCCAGCUGAGCAAGCAAACACUUCAGAUGACACAGUUACGGGUGCUGGGAGUCUUCAGAAUGAUCAGAUAGUUCAGAAAAUAGAGGAAGUACUGUCUGGGGCCCUUGAUACAGAGCUACAGUGUAAAUCAGGUGUGGAGGAAGAUUCAGUGAAAAAUAGCUCUCCAUCUACAAAAAGAGGCCCUACUGAUGAAGUAGAAGAUGAAAUUCCAAGAAAAAAGUCAAAAAAGAACAAGAAACACAAAAGCAAGAAGAAGAAGAAGAAAAAGAAGAAGAAAAGGAAGAAAGAAAAAAAACACAAAAAGCAGCCAAAGGAAUCAAAAUUAAGUGCACAGUAUGGAGAGCAUGCAGAUUUACAACCUGUUUCCCACUCAAAGACAGAAAAAUUGGGCUCAAAGUUGAUCACACAGCAUGGAGGACAUGCAGAUUCAGAUCUUGCUGGUCAAAUGCAGCCAGAAGAAUUGGGCACAAAAUUGAGUGCGGAGUACAUGGGACAUUCAAUUAAAAGACUCACACCUCAUUUGCAAUCAGAUUCUGAAUCAUCUGUGGAAAAACUUGGGAGUGAAAAAACAAACUUGGCCUUGACUGAUACACACAGUACAUUCAGUUCAGAAACCAGCAAAUUGGAUACCCAGGAAGAAAAUACUAGUACGAUGAAAAUUCAAGAGCAAGCUAAAGUAAAAUUAUUGGUUAAUAAGACUCAUGAAAGUAUAUAUCAUAUAGCUAUUAAUAUGAAUGCAAAGGGUGGACCUUUACCAGUUAAAGACACUGAAAAUGGUACUGUGUCUACCAACAGUACUGGAGUUGCUGGUAAAUCUGAAAUUGAAAAGGAUUUGGGGGCUAUUCCAGCCUCUGAGAUAACAGAAGAACUAAAAGAUUCAGAAGCUACUUCAGAAGCUGCUCUGAAAUUGAUGGGCAUGGUGGAGGUGAAAGACUUAGAAACAACCUUAGAAUCUGAGGCCAUUGCAAAGAUUAAAUUUUCAGAAGCAAUUCUAAAAUCUCUGACUAUGGUGACUUCAGAGGGUUUGGAGGCCCCUCUAGAAUCCGUGGCUGUGACAAAUGAUUUGGUAGAAACUCCAACAUCUGUAGUUGUAAUGGAGAUGAAAGCUUUGGAAGAAACCGCAGAAUCUGUUGUCAUGACAGAUAUGAAAGGUUUGGAAGCAACUCUAGAAACUGUGGGUGUGGCAGAGGCAAAAAGUUUGGAAGGUGGUCUUGAAUUUGUGACUGUGCCAUAUGAUUUGGUAGCAACUUCAAAAUCUGUGGCCAAGGCAGAGGUAAAUGGUUUGGAAGCAACUUCAAAAUCUGCAUCUGUGGUGGAGGUGAAAGGUUCAGAAGGAGCCCUAAAACCUGUGGCCAUGCAGGAGGUGAAAGAUUUAGAAAGAACCCUAGAAUAUGUCGCCCCGGGAAAAGAUUCAGAAACAACGCUAGAAGCUGUUGUGAAUGCAAAAGAUUUGGAAGCAGCUCUAAAACCUGUAAUGGAGAUGAAAGAUUUGGAAGUAACUCCAGAAUCUGUACACAUGGAGGAGAUGAAAGGUGCAGAAGGAACCCUAGAAUCUCUGGCUAUGGCAGUAGAUUUGGAAGGAACCCUCAAACCUGCUCCUGUGGCGGAGGCAAAAGAUUCAGAUGCAGCAUCACUGACUCUGCAAAUAGAAGAUAUGAAACAGUCAAAAGGAUUCCUAGAAUCUGUGGCGAUGGCAAAAGGUCCAGAAACAAUUCUAGACCCUGUAGGGAUGGCAAAAGGUCUAGAAACAGUCCUAGAACCUGCAGGGGUGACAGAGGUGAAAGAUUUGGAAGGAAUUCCAGAAUCUCUGCACAUACAGGAUAUGGAAGAUUUGGAAUUAUCCUUAGAACCUGUGGUCAUGACAACAGGUCUGGAUGUGGCUCUAGAACAUGUGGCUGUGGCGAAAGGUGCAACUCCAUUUUCUAUGCAAAUGGAGAAAGUGAAAGAUGUGGAAGGAGCCCUAGUAGAAUCUGUGGCCGUGGCAAAAGGUUCAGAAGCAGCCCUAGAACAUGUUGUCUUGGCAGAGAAUAAAGAUGUGGAACCAACUUCACUAUCUCUGCAAAUGGAAGAUGUGAAAGAUUCGGAAGGAGCCCUAGAAUCUAUUGCCAUGAAAGAAGGCUCAGAAGCAACCCAAGAACCAGUGACAGAGGCAAAAGACUUGGAAGCAAUCCUAGAAUCUGUCUCAGGGGUGAAAGGUUCAGAACCAGCACUAUUGUCUCUGCAGAGGGAAGAUGUGAAAGAUUCAGAAGGUGUAAAAUCUUUGGCCAUGGCAAAAGGUUCAAAACCAACCCUAAAAGCUGUGGCUGUAUGGGAGGGAAGAGGUUCAGAAGCAAUUCUGCUGUCUCUGGAAAUGGAGAAUGUGAAAGAUUCAGAAGAAGCCUUAGAAUCUGUGGCCAGGGUAAGAGGUUCAGAACCAACCCUAGAACCUGUGGCCAUGGUAGAGGCUAAAGGUCUGGAAGUUCUCUCUCUGCAAAUGGAGAAUGUGAAGGAUUCAGAAGGAGCCCUAGACUCUGAGGCCAUGGCAAAAUAUUUAGAGGCAACUCUAGAACCUGUGGCAGAGGUGAAAGAUUCGGAAGCAAUGCUUCGGUCUCUGCAAAUGGAAGAUGUGAAAGAAUUAGAAGGAACCCUAGAAUCUGUCGUGGCGGCAAAAAGUUCGGCCGCACCCCUAGGGCCUGUGGCCAGGACGGAGGAGAAAGGUGCAGAAACACCUCCACUAUUUCUGCAAAUAGAAGAUGUGGCAGAAUCAGAAGGAGUCCUAGAAUCUAUGUCGGUGGUGAAGUUGAAGGCUUUGGAAGCAGCCUUUGAGUCUGUAGUCAAGGUAGAGGUGAAGGAUUUAAAUAAACUUGUACAAGCUGAGUCUGAGGUCACAGCUCAGUUUAAAGAUUUGGAAGCAAUUCCCAAAUUUCUGUGUAUGGAGGCAGAUUCGGUAAUAACUCCAGUAUCGGAGACAUUGGAAGUGAAAAACAUGGAAAUAAUUGGACAAUCUGAAUCACUGGGAGAAGUGAAAGAUUUGGAAACCACCCCAGAAUCUAAGGCAGUGGCAGAGUCAAAGGAUUCAGAAACAACUACAGAAACUCAGGUGGUGAUGGAAGUAAAAGAUUUGAAAACAAUUCCAGAGUCCCAAGUCAUGACAGAAGUGAGUGACUUGAAAAUAUCUCCACAUACUGAGGUGGAGGUGAUGAAAAGUUUUGAAACCGCUACAAAGUCUGAUGCCACUAUAAUAGAGGUGGAAGAUUCUGAAUCAACUCUGGAAUCUAGGGCAGUAGUGGAGGUGAAAUAUCUGGAAGCCACACCGGAAUCUGAGGCAAUAACUGGCAUAAAAUAUGCUAAAAAAUUUCUAGAAUCUGAGGCCAAGACAGAGUUGAAACAUUCAGAAGCUACCCCAGAAUCUUUACAACUUACAGACUUGAAAGAUUCUGGAAAAACUCCAGGACCUGAGGUGAUGAUACAAAUGAAAGAUUCAAAAACAGCUAAAAAAUCGGAGCCAAUCACUUUGGUGAAAGAUUCUGAAGCUAGUCGAGAAUUGCUGCAUAUAGUGGUAAAAGAUUUGCAAUCAACUCUAGAACCUGAGACUGUGACAGUGGUGAAAGAUUUGAAGGAAACUCUAGAGUGUGAGAUGGUGGUGGCGAAAGAUUUGGAAACAACCCCAAAAUCUGAAGCAAUCAUGGAUGUAAAGCAUUCUAAGGCUGCUCCAGAAUCUUUGUAUAAACCAAAGGUAAAGGAUUCAGAAGCAGUUCCAGAAUCUCUCUACUCAUCGAAGGUGAAAGGUGCGGAAUUAGCUCUAGAACUGGAGGCAGCAGCAAAGGUGAAAGAUUUGAAAGAAACCCUAGAAUCUGAGGUCAUGGUAGAUGUGAAAGAUUUGGAAGCUGCUUCAGAAUCUGUGGUCAGGAUGAAGGUAAAAGAUUUGGAAGAAAUUCCAGAACAUUGGCAGCCAGUGGGUGUGAAAAUUUUGGAAGCAUCUCCGGAAUCUGAGGAAACAGUAGAAGUAAAAUAUUUAGAAGCAACUCCAGAAGCUCAGGUGUUGACAGAGAUGAAAGAUUUGGAAGAAACUCUGGAAUCUCUGUACACCACAGAGGUGGAGGAGUUAGAAAAAAUUACAAAAUCUAUGCCAAUGGUAGAGGUGAAAGAAUCCGAGGCUGUGAUGGAUCUGAAAUUCUCAGCAACCACUCUAAAAUCUGAGAAAAUAGUGGAGGUGAAAAUUUUGGAAGAUACACCAGUAUCUUUGGCAGUGGAAAAUAUACAAAAUUCAAAAGCAUAUCUAGAAUCUCUGCACACUGAGGAAAUGAAAGAUUUGGAAGCUGAUCUAGAAGCUGAGACUGCAACAGAUCUGAAGGAUUUGGAAGAAACUUUGGGCACAGUGCAGGUGAAAUAUUCAGAAGCAGUUUUGAAAUCUGUGGGCAUAGCAGAGAGAAAACAUUUGGAAACAACUGUAGAAAGUCCUAAUGCAGUGCUAGAUUUGGAAACAGUUUUAGAACCUCAGCACACUGUGGAUCUGAAACUUCCGGAAACUCCUGAGAUUCCUGAGUUAACAGUGGAGGUGAAAGAUUCUGAAGCAGCUCUAGAAUCUGAGGCUAUUACAGAGGUAAAUGACUUGCGAGCUACUCCAGAGUCUGUGGCCACGGUGGAGGUGAAAGAUUUGAAAGUAGUACCAGAUUCUCUUCACACAGUAAACAUGAAUAACUUGGAAGCAACUCCAGAAUUGGUGACAGCUGCAAAGGUGAAAGACUUGGAAACAGCUCCACCUCUGCUACUGCCACCACAGAUUCUGAAGGAUUUACAAGCAGCUCCAGAAUCGGCAGCAGUGGUGAAAGAUUUGGAAGCAGCUCCAGAAUAUGUGGUGAUGCUGGCAGAGGUGAAAGAUUCAGAACUAGUUCCAGUUUCUCUGCAUACCAUAGAUGUGAAAGAUUCUGAAACAAUUCCAGAAUCGACGGUGGUGGUUUCAGAAGCAAAAGAUUCAGCAGCAGCUCCAGAAUCUGUGGCGGAGUUGAAAUACUCAGAAACAAGUCCAGAAUCUGUGGUGGUGACUGCAGAAAUGAAAGAUUUAGAAGCAGCUCUGAAAUCUGUGGUGGUGGCAGAGGUGAAGGAUUUGAGAGCAGCUCCAGAAUCUUUGGCUGCAGAGGUGACAGACUUGGAAGCAGCGCCAGAUAUUCUGUGUCCUGUAGAUGUGAAAGAUUCUGGAACAGCUCCAGAAUCUGUGGUGGUGGCAGCAGAAGUGACAGAUUUGGAAGCAGCUCCAGAUUUUCUGUGUACUGUAGAUGUGAAAGAUUCUGGAACAACUACAGAAUCUGUGAUAGCGGCUGAAGAAGUGACAGAUUUGGAAGCAGCUCCAGAUUUUCUGCACAUUGAAGAUGUGAAAGAUUCUGAAAGAGCUCCACAAUCUGUGGUAGUGGCUGCAGAGGUGAAAGAUUCAGAAGCUGCUCCAGAAUCUGUUGUGACAGUGGCAGAGUUGAAAUAUUCAGAAACAAGUCCAGAAUCUGUGGUGGCUACUGCAGAAAUGAAAGAUUUAGAAGCCGUUCUGGAAUCUCUGGCAGUGGCAGAGGUGAAGGAUUUGCAGGCUGCUUCAGAUGGUUUGGUGGCGGUGGCAGAGGUGAAAGAUUUGAAAGUAUCUCCAGAAUCUUUGGCAGCGGUGGCAGCAGAAGUGACCGAUUUGGAAGCAGCUCCAGAUUUUCUGUGUACUGUAGAUGUGAAAGAUUCUGGAACAACUACAGAAUCUGUGAUAGCGGCUGAAGAAGUGACAGAUUUGGAAGCAGCUCCAGAUUUUCUGCACGCUGAAGAUGUGAAAGAUCCUGAAAGAGCUCCACAAUCUGUGGUAGUGGCUGCAGAAAUGAAGGAUUCUGAAACAACUCCAGAAUCUGUGGCGGCAGUGGCAGAGGUAAAAUACUCAGAAACAAGUCUGGAAUCGGUGAUGGCUACUGCAGAAAUGAAAGAUUUAGAAGCCAUUCUGGAAUCUGUGGCAGAGGUGAAGGAUUUGCAGGCUGCUCUAGAUGCUGUGGUGGCAGAGGUGAAAGAUUUGAAAGCUGGUCCAGUUUCUGUGGUGGUGGUGGCAGAUGUAGAAGAUUCAGAAGGCACUCCAAAAUCUGUGGAGGUGGCUGCAGAGAUGAAAGAUUCAGAAGCAGCCUCAGAAUCUGUGGCGAUAGCGGCAGAGAUGAAGGAUUUGCCAGCUGCUCUAGAUUCUCUGGUGUCGGUGGCAGAGGUAGAGGAUUCAGAAGCAGCUAGUGUUUCUCUGCAUACUUUAGGUGUGAAUGAUUCAGAAGCAGCUCCAGAAUCUGUGGUGGCUACGACAGAGGUGAAAAAUUUGGAAGCACCUCCAGUUUCUCUGUAUACAGUGUACAUUAAAGAUUCAGAAACAACUCAAGAAUCUGUGACAGUGACUGCAGAGGUGAAUGAUUCAGAAGCAACUCCAGCAUUUGGGCCAGUGGCGGAAGAGGUGAAAGAUUUGGGAGCACCUCCAGAAUCGGUGGUGGCGGUGGCAGCGGUGGAAGUUUUGGGAGUGGCUCCAGAAUUGGUGGUGGCUGGGGCAGCAGCAAAAGAUUUGGGAGUGCCUCCAGAAUCGAUGGUGGCUGUGGCAGCGGUGGAAGUUUCAGGAGUGGCUCCAGAAUUGCUGGUGGUUGUGGCAGAGGCAAAAGAUUCCGAAGCAACUCCAGGAUCUGUGGCAGAAGUGAAGAAUGAUGAUGAUCUCUUUAAAAAAAAGAAAGCAUAUGAAAAAAGUAAGAGUAGUGAUAAACAUAAACAAGAUGCAAAGAAAUUAAAAAGGAGUAAAUCUAAAUCUCUUUCACGAUCCAGGAAGCGGAAAAAAAAGUCCAGGUCACGUUCUGUCUCUAAACAUUUGAAAUAUAAAAGAGCAAGGUCUAGGAGCAGAAACUACUCAGAUUCCAGAAAGAACCAUUCCACAUCUUAUGAUAAGUCUAGAUCCAGAUCUGUUGAAAAAAGAGGGGGCAAAGAAUCUUCACGGAGGUCUAGACGCAGACGCUCCAGGUCCUCUGAUGGUCUCAAGUCAAGAUCCAGAUCCAUUGAUAAAAAGGAAGGCAAAGACUCUUCCUGGAGGUCAAGACGCAGGCGCUCCAGGUCCUCUGAUCAUCUCAAGUCUAAAUCCAGAUCUGUUGAAAAAAGAGAGGGCAAAGGGUCUUCACGGAGGUCUAGACGCAGACGCUCCAGGUCCUCCGAUCGCCUCAAGUCUAGAUCACAAUCUGUUGAAAAAAGAGAGCGCAAAGAUUCUUCAUGGAGGUCUAGACGCAGACGCUCCAAGUCCUGGGAUCGUCUCAAGUCUAGAUCCAGAUCUGUUGGAAAAAAAGGGCGCAAAGACUCUUCCUGGAGGUCCAGACGCAGACGCUCCAAGUCCUCUGAUCAUCUCAAGUCUAGAUCCAGAUCUGUUGAAAAAAGAGAGCGCAAAGACUCUUCACGAAGGUCUAGACGCAGACGCUCCAAGUCCUCUGAUCGUCUCAAGUCUAGAUCCAGAUCCAGAUCUUUUGAAAAAAGAGGUGGCAAAGAAACUUCCUGGAGGUCCAGACGCAGACGCUCCAAGUCCUCUGAUCGUCUCAAGUCCAGAUCCAGAUCCAGAUCUUUUGAAAAAAGAGGUGGCAAAGAAUCUUCCUGGAGGUCCAGACGCAGACGCUCCAAGUCCUCUGAUCGUCUCAAGUCUAGAUCCAGAUCCAGAUCUUUUGAAAAAAGAGGUGGCAAAGAAUCUUCCUGGAGGUCUAGACGCGGACGCUCCAAGUCCUCUGAUCGUCUCAAAUCAAAAUCCAGAUCCAGAUCUGUUGAAAAAAGAAGUGGCAAAGAAUCUUCCUGGAGGUCAAGACGCAGACGCUCGAAAUCCUCUGAUCGUUUCAAGUCAAGAUCGAGAUCUGUUGAAAAAAGAGGGGGCAGGGACUCUUCAUGGAGGUCUAAACGUAGACGUUCCAAGUCCUUGGAUCGUCUCAAAUCUAGAUCCAAAUCUGUUGAAAAAAGAAGGGGCAGAGACUCUUCACGGAGGUCUAAACGUAGACGCUCCAAAUCCACUGAUCAUCACAAGUCUAGAUCCAAAUCUGUUGAAAAAAUAGGUAGUAAAGAGUCUUCACGGAGGUCAAAACGUAGACGUUCCAAGUCCUCUGAUCGUCUCAAAUCUAGAUCCAAAUCUAUUGAAAAACUAGGAAGCAAAGAGACUUCAUGGAGGUCCAGGUGCAGACGCUCAAAAUCCUUUGAUGGUCUAAAGUCUAGAUCUAGAUCCAAAUCUAGUAGCCGCUCCAAGUCUUCUGAACGUCACAAGUCUAGAUCCAAAUCUGUUGAAAAAAUAGAGGUUGAGGAGCCUUCACAGAGGUCUCGGAGUAGCCGCUCCAAGUCUCCCGAACUUCAAAAGUCUAGAUCCAAAUCUAUUGAAAAAAUAAAGGGCAAAGAUUCUUCACAGAGGUCUCGGAGUAGCCGCUCCAAGUCUCCUGACCUUCAAAAGUCUAGAUCGAAAUCUGCUGAAAAAACAAAGGACAAAAUGUCUUCACGAAGGUCUAGAAGAAAACGGUCCAAAUCUUCUGAUCGUCAUAAGUCUAGAUCCAAAUCAGUUGAAAAAGUAGAGGGCAAAGCAUCUUCACAGAGGUCUAGGAGUAAGCGCUCUAAAUCCUCUGAGCGCAAAUCACAAAAACAUGAUAGCGAAUCACGGUCCAAACGAAAUCGGUCUCGGUCAGUAACACGUAAAAGACUGUCGAAAUCUAAAUCUAACCAUCGGUCUCGCACACGCUCUCUGUCACGUUCAAGACACAGGAGGAGGACUCGGUCAAGAUCAUUGUCAAAAAGGAGACGGUCUUUAUCAAGAGAGAGACACAAAAGAUCUCAAAGGAACAGAUCCAGGUCUGCUGAUCGAAGAAGACGACGAUCAAACUCAAGGGAUCACCGAAUAGUGCUCAGGUUACGGACCAGAAGUCGAACACCUAUUCGACGAAAACGGUCUAGGUCAGUGGGAAGAAGACGAAGCUCUAGCAAAUCACCAGUUCGACUAAGAAGAUCAAGAUCACCUGGGAGAAGAAGAUGCUAUAGCAGAUCACCUGAUCGUCAAAGAAGGUCCAGAUCAUCCGAUAAGUUUUCAAGCAGAUCACCUAAACGUCUUACAGACUUAGACAAGGCCCAGCUACUUGAAAUAGCCAAAGCUAAUGCAGCUGCCAUGUGUGCUAAGGCUGGUGUCCCCUUACCACCAAGCCUACUGCCUAUUAUAGCUCCAGCAAAGAAGGAGGAGAAAGUUACUCAGAAGUCAGCAAGAGAUACAAUAAAGGAGCUCACUGAGAAAUGCAAGAAGAUUGCACAAAGCACAGAUGACGUGAUCGUGAACAAGCCUCAUGAUUCUGAUGAAGAGGAGGAAGAACGCCCUUUCUAUAAUCAUCCUUUUAAACUCAAUGAACCUAAACCCAUUUUUUUCAACUUAAAUACCACUCCUAUCGUAAAACCAGCACCAAAAAAUCAGGUAACAUUGACAAAGGAGUUCCCUGUCUCAUCUGGGUCUCAACACAGGAAAAAGGAAGCUGACAGUGUCUAUGGAGAAUGGGUUCCAGUUGAGAAAAGUAAAGAAGAAAGCAAAGAUGAUGUUUUCCCCAAACCAGCUCUUGCACAGACUGUGGACAUCUCUACAGCAAUGAAUGAACGAACAAUGGCUCAGAAGAGGCUUACAGAAAAUACAUUUGAUUUAGAGGCCAUGUGCUUGUUAAAUCGUGCACAGGAACAGAUUGAUGCUUGGGCGCAGUCAAACUCUCUGCCGGGCCAAUUCACAGGAAGCACUGGAGCACAGAUUUUGUCCUCAGAUGAGUUGUCCAACAGCGGUCCCCAAGCCUGGAUUAGAAAGGAUCAGUUCUUAAGAGCAGCCCCUGUAACUGGAGGAAUGGGAGCCCAACUGAUGAGAAAAAUGGGCUGGAGAGAAGGAGAGGGACUAGGAAAAAACAGAGAAGGAACUGUGGAGCCUAUCCUAGUGGAUUUUAAGACAGAUCGAAAAGGCCUUGUUGCGGUGGGAGAAAAGACACAAAAGAGAUCGGGACAUUUUAGUGUAAUGAAGGAUCUUUCAGGUAAACAUCCAGUUUCUGCAUUGAUGGAGAUAUGUAAUAAAAGAAGAUGGUCACCACCUGUAUUCGUAUUGGUGGAUGAUAGUGGGCCUGAUCAUCGCAAACAUUUUAUCUUCAAGGUGAUGGUCAAUGGGCAUGAAUACAGGCCUAGCUUUCCCAGCCUUAAUAAGAAGCAUGCUAAAGCCACAGCAGCAACUGCGGCUCUCCAAGCGAUGGGACUUGUACCAAAGGAGAGCAUGCCCAAUGCCACCAUCUUCAGGAGUGCCUCACACCGCUAGAUAUUGUUUUUUAUAUUGACAUUAUUUCAGAUAAUUUUAUUCUGCACAAGAAAGGUAUUUCUCCGUUUCAUGUUGUAAAUACAUUGGUGAUUCCCACAUUGUAAAAACUGUACAGACACCUUCAGGAUUUUCUUUUGUACCAUCAAAAAUGUAUUUAAAUCAUACUUAGUUUUUGGUAUGUUUAUAUUGUUUACAUUAGUGAUGUAAUUAUUUCUUAAAUGACUAAAUUCAACAGGCAGACUCUGGAGGGCAUCAGUAAUCUAAACCCUUGUUUUAAAACUCAUGCAAUUUCUCUUCAAUAUGGAAUGUUAACACUUUCAUACUCUUUUGUACUAUAAUGCAGUUUUCCCUGGUCUUGGUAAAGCUACUGUUGUAGUACUUUUGCCUAUAGCCAGUACAAGGCUGCACGGCUUAUCAUAGUCUAGAAUAAGGCUGGUAUGUACUGCUGGACAGAUACUGGGCCAGUAAUGUUACCCCCUCCAAGGAGGUAGGUAAAUUGUGGCACUGUUGUACAAUGCUAACAUUACCACUUCUGUAUUGUUUGGGGUUUAAGUCAAUGGUGUACUGCAACUGGCCAUAUUGCUUACUUUUUAAAACUAAAAAGAAUAGGCAAAUGACCUCGCUUAAAUGGAGGGAAGAAAGUCCAGCGAUGAAAUUGAUGAGAAUUGCAGUGUAAAAGCGUCUCUCCCCUGCAUGUUCUGGUAAGGAGAUAUGAAAUUGUCUAUUCCAAUCUCAAAUUAACACACUGCCUGAUGUUGAUUGUAUGAAUUUGUGGUUAAUGUGAAUUUUAAACUAUAACAAAUCUACAACUGGAUGGGGGGGGGGAAAUGAUGCUUCAGUUGUUGUACCCAGCUCAGUCAAUAAAGCCGCACAAGUUCAUAAUCUUAAUCAUUGGUCAGUAAACAGUAAUUAAGAUCUGUGCCAAAGCAGUAAUUUAGAGAGUAUGUAUCGGGGGGGCAGCAAUAGUGGAAUGUUUUCAGUUGUUUAUAAAGUUACCAAGCUAAUUUUUGGCCUCAUGUUUUCUGUGCUUGUACUCAUCACAGGAUGAGGGUUUUGUUAAGUUUGAUUCAAAGUUUUGGCAGUUUUUGAUGAUGAAAGUAGGUGGGGAAAAUAGGCAGUCUGUUUUUCUCUCUUUUUAAAAAUAGCUCUAACUUGGUGACAGUAGUGGGUUUGCAAAUUUGCAGUGGGGGAAAAUAGUUCUCAUGUCAUACUUUGCUGAGUUAUAAAUCUUAGAAAAUGGCCACUUGCGCAUGCCUAGUAGUUUGUAUAGUUAAUUAUUUCUUUAAAAAAAAUUUUCCCCCUCAAAGCUCGUAUCCUGUCAACUGCACACAAGUCCACAAAUUCACAGAGACAUAAUGGAGCUCCUCUUAAUGCAUCAAGCUGUCCUUUGGCUUGAGGGGAAGGAGCUUUGCAUUAGGAGCCAGAAGAUGAAUUCUAGUCCCAUUUCUUCCAUGGAUUAAUGUCAAUUCUUUAUCCUUUGAACCCUUUUUUAUUGAACAACUUAUCAGUGUCCCAUUUUAUAGACAGUGACUGAAGGCCAGAGGUGUAGUAUAAAGUCACUUUUGUCAAAGCUGGGAAUAGAACCUAGCUGUCUAAUAUGGCAGAUGAGUUCUAUCCAUGCUUGUCUGUCAGCAAAAUAUAUAAAAUCUGUGCUUCGCUAGGCUAUUUGUGAAUUGGGACUAUUCCUCCAUAACCAUAUGUACAAAGUGCAUUGACAAAUACUAUAAAGCACUGUUUAAAAAUAAAAAAGUAGCAUGCAAGAGUC